GGAAUAGGAUUCCCCUUUCUCCAGUUUCCCCUUCGCAGUACCAUCGGCUGCCUGCGAGAUUCCCCUCCCUCCUCCACCCGCUCCACUCCGACCUCGCCGCUCUCCAGCUCCGCCCCCUCCCUCCUCUCGGGAAGAUGGCCGCGGCGGCGCUGACGAACGGGGACGUGCGCGCCGGCGGCGGGGGCGCGGUGCCGCGGCCGACGAACCCGAUGGUCACGCCCCUGCUCACCGACCUCUACCAGUUCUCCAUGGCCUACGCCUACUGGAAGGCCGGCAAGCACCUCGACCGCGCCGUCUUUGAUCUUUACUUCCGGAAGAGCCCCUUUGCUGGUGAGUUCACCGUCUUUGGGGGCCUUGAAGAGUGUAUACGGUUUAUUGCCAACUUCAAGUUCAAAGAAGAGGAAAUCAAUUUUCUGCGGGCUGCACUACCUACAUGUGAGGAUGGCUUCUUUGAGUACCUCAGUUCAAUUGACUGCUCAGAUGUUGAGGUUUAUGCCAUCCCUGAGGGUUCUGCUGUGUUUCCUAAGGUUCCACUGAUGAUAAUCGAAGGACCUGUUGCGGUUGUCCAACUUCUUGAAACUCCAUUUUUAAGUCUGGUGAACUAUGCUUCAUUGGUUACUACAAAUGCUGCAAGGCACCGCCUUGUAGCAGGGAAGCCAAAGAAUUUACUUGAAUUUGGACUUCGACGGGCUCAAGGGCCAGAUGGAGGAAUCAGUGCAUCAAGAUAUUCUUAUAUGGGAGGAUUUGAUGCAACGAGCAAUGUUGCAGCAGGAAGGUUGUUUGGGAUACCAAUACGUGGGACUCACUCACAUGCAUUUGUGAGCUCUUUCCUGGGUCUUGAUGAAAUCAUUGACAAAGCACUUUCUAGCUCUGAUGGUUUGAACAAAUGUGAAGACUUUGUCUCUCUAGUGCAGAAUUGGCUGGUUAAGAUUCAGGAUGCUAGUUCAUUGCGUGGUUCCUUUGGCGAGACAAAUCAAAGUGAGUUGGCUGCAUUCACAUCAUAUGCACUGGCAUUUCCAAACUCCUUCCUGGCCCUGGUGGACACAUACGAUGUCAUGAGAAGUGGAGUGCCAAACUUCUGCGCUGUUGCUUUAGCUCUCAAUGAUAUGGGGUAUAAGGCAGUUGGAAUUAGGUUAGACUCUGGUGAUUUAGCAUAUCUGUCUAUUGAGACACGCAAGUUCUUCUGUGCAAUUGAAAAAGAAUUUGGGGUUGUUGGCUUUGGAAAAACGAAUAUUACAGCAAGCAAUGAUCUCAAUGAGGAAACAAUUGAUGCAUUGAACAAGCAGGGUCAUGAGGUAGACUCAUUUGGCAUUGGCACCUACCUAGUUACCUGCUAUGCACAAGCAGCACUUGGUUGUGUAUUCAAGUUAGUUGAAAUUAACAAACAGCCUCGUAUUAAACUCUCUGAAGAUGUCACAAAGGUAUCGAUACCAUGUAAAAAACGAUGCUACAGAUUGUAUGGAAAAGAAGGUUAUCCUUUAGUUGAUAUAAUGACCGGACAAGACGAGCCAAGCCCAAAGGUUGGUGAGAGGAUUCUGUGUCGUCACCCUUUCAUCGAGUCAAAGAGAGCUCAUGUUGUUCCACAGCAUGUCGAGGAGUUGUUGAAGUGCUACUGGCCUGGACAUUCAUCCGUACAAAGGGAGGAGCUGCCAUCCCUCAAUGAGAACAGGAGUCGGUGCAUGCGUCAGCUGGAACGGAUGAGGCCGGACCAUCUGAGGAAGUUAAAUCCAACACCAUACAAGGUGAGCGUGAGCGCCCAGCUCUACGAUUUCAUCCAUUUCCUGUGGCUCAACGAAGCUCCAGUCGGCGAACUGCAAUGAAGACAGAUGACAACGGGAGCAUCCAGCACCGGAUCGAAUCCCGAUAGCCUGUUUUCUCUUUCAAGAAUAACGCAUGUGUAUCUUCCACGAUACACUGGAAGGUGUUCAUGUCGAAAGGACACGGCCUCAACAUAUAUAGUGCUCAUGUGCUCAACAAGCAUCACACCAGUGUAUGCACUAUCGACUUUAACAGAGUACCAUGCUGUUGUGCUCUGAAAAAAAUAAAUAUAAUUCUCUUGCAAGGAUAUGAAAAAUAUAAUGGUGAGAAGCUGAGGUGAAAUAUGGAAACUAUCUUUGCCUCACUUUC